AUGAUUGUUAAUUGGAAUAUCGGCCAGUUGGCAAAUGCACUAAAACCUCUCUUGACGUCAUCACAGCAAGUACAUUUGUCACAUAUUUUGAAGACUUUAGACUCCUACUGCAAGAAUAAAAUCUUAGAAACGUUUUUAAUGAAAAUCGGUUUAAAAGAAGAGCGGUGGGGUGAUGAGCAGCUGGUCGAGAAACUCUUGGACAUGAUGCAACAAACCGGCGCUGACUUUACUUUGACCUUUCGACAACUUGCUGAGCUGGAACCAAGCGAAAUGGUGAGCGAAAUAAAACUGGGGGAGAAAUGGUCCUUGAAGCGACUGUCCUCGCACGCUUCAUGGGGCUGUUGGCUUGACCAAUAUCGAGAAAGAUUAGACAAAGAAGCUGUAGAUGCAGGCUCUUUAGGUAUGUUCGAGGAUGAACGUCGCAGACGCAUGCUUAACGUUAACCCAAUCUACGUACCGCGUAAUUGGCUUCUGCAUGAGGCAAUACAGGACGCUGAAAUGGAUAAUUUUGAGAAAGUAAGAUUCCUGUUAGAUGUGAUGCGUAAUCCUUACGCCGUUCAACCAGAGGCUGAGAGACGUGGCUUUUCAGCACAACCUCCGCAGUGGGCUUAUGCCUUGAAAAUUAGUUGUUCUAGUUGA